AGCAGGAGCGGGAAUAGCGGGAGCGGGAAUAGGAGCAGGAGCGGGAGUAGGAAGAGCAGCAGGAGCAGGAAGAGCAGCGGGAGCAGCGAGCGGGAGGAGCAGCAGGUCUCCCGUGUCCCCACCCCUGGGAGGGCAUGCAAGCCAUGGAGCUGCCCCGCAAAGAUGGAGAGACGGCGGCGGCGGCGGGAGCGGGAGCGGGAGCGGGGGCGGCCCCGGAGCCCCGCGGGGCGCCUCCCCCCAGCGGAGUGGUGGUGCAGGUCCGGGAGAAGAAGGGACCCCUGCGCGCCGCCAUCCCCUACAUGCCGUUCCCCGUGGCCGUCAUCUGCCUCUUCCUCAACACCUUCGUGCCGGGGCUGGGGACCUUUGUCUCAGCCUUUACGGUGCUGUGUGGGGCCCGGACUGACCUCCCGGAUAGACAUGUGUGCUGCGUCUUCUGGCUGAACAUGGCCGCGGCGCUGAUCCAGAUCCUGACAGCCAUCGUCAUGGUGGGCUGGAUCAUGAGCAUCUUCUGGGGGAUGGACAUGGUUAUUCUUGCCAUUUCACAAGGCUACAAGGAGCAGGGCAUGCCGCAGCAGCUGUGACUGGGGAUUUGGCUGAUGGCGAUGGGGCAGGAGCUCCAGGGCAGGAAUCGUGUAGGCAGAUGGAGGGGCACAAGGACCUCUCCCCUAUCUCUUUUGGGUUUUCCUGGGUUGGUCCAGUUCAUGGGGGGUUGUUGGAUUUAUUUAUUUCAAAAACUGCAUCUGCUUUUCCUCA